AUGCACGAGAUCAUCACAUUACAGCUCGGCCGACAGAGCAACUACGUGGCGGCACAUUUCUGGAACGCUCAGGAAUCCUACUUUACCUAUGGCCAGGAUGACCCGUCGCCCGUCGACCACGACAUCCACUGGCGGGCGGGAAUCGGCGCAGACGGCUCCGAGACCUACCUGCCCCGGACGGUCGUCUACGACCGCAAAGGCGGCUUCGGCUCGCUGCGAAAAGUGAACGCACUCUACGAGGCGCAAGAGGAAGCACACAAUCAGCAGGCGUCUGCCAUGGACUUGCCGUCGAGCCUGUGGCACGGCCGCACCGUCGUCCAGCGCGAGACGCCCAUCCUGCCGAGCGCCUAUACCCAGAGCCUGGACACGGGUCUGCCGCCCACGGAGCCGUUGACACCCGCCACCGUUCGCUACUGGUCGGACUACAGCCGCGUAUACUACCACCCACGGUCGCUGAUUGAGGUCGGGGACGAGCCAGACGUGUCAGCGCCGCAGACGGCAACCAAUGGAACAAAUGGAACAAACGGGGCACAACUAGGGACAGCAGCCUCCACAGGCGCGGCACAGCCUCGCGAGUAUACGUGGGGCGAUGGCGAGUCUUUGUUCGCCGAGCUGGACCGUGAGCACGACCUGCUGGACCGCGACUUGCGGCCAUUUGUCGAGGAGGCCGACCAGAUGCAGGGCUUCCAGGUGAUGGCGAGCGUCGACGACAGCUGGGGUGGUUUUGCGGCGCGGUAUCUGGAGCGGAUGCGUGACGAGUACGGCAAAGUCGAUAUUUGGCUGUGGGCAUUGCAGCAGCCGGCCGGCCGGUUGCCGAGGGAAAAACGAAUCACGCGGCUGGCCAACAAGGCUCGCACCCUCGUCGAGGCCUAUAGCCAGGCCUCGCUCGUCAUCCCGCUCGCCGUGCCUCCGACGCCUCUCACGUCUGUGCUGCCCAGCACCUUUGACUCGACGUCCACGUGGCACACGGCUGCCUUGCUGGCUACGGCCAUUGAAACUGCUACACUGCCGGCGCGUCUUCGCAGACUGGGCAGCGGUGCCGCCGGCCAGAGCGGCGACUCCUUGGCGUACCUGACAGACCUUCUCAAUGCCACCGGCAAACAGACUGUCGCCAACCUGCAGAUGAGCGUUGUGCAGCCGUGGCAGUCCGUCCAAAAGGACGCACGAGAGCGGCGCGAAGCGGCCGGAUACGACGAGGACGACGACGGCGGCGGCGACAGCACCAAGAUGGACGGCAACCUGCAGCUGCCGAUUGACUUUGCCCCGCGGGACGAGUCGGUGGUGGUUGCUGGACGUGCAGGGCGUGGCGUUCGGGCCAAGAAGCCGCGCAUGUUUGGUCAAGCGGUCGUGACGCGAGCCACCCCGGGAGAGGACGGGGAUGGCGACAACAAAGGGGGAGGGGGAGGAGAGGACGACGACGAAAGCCAGACGGAGCGCCGGGCCACCUUGGAUCGGCGCGACAUGAUGCACCGCCGCUUCGCCCUCAAGCCCGUCAGCCAGCGGUACACCGUGCCCCUCGGCUUCCCGCUGCUCGACAGCUUUCCCUACAUCUACCAGCAGACGUCUGACAGCACCGCGUCCAUCCCCGUGACGACCGCGCUGGCCACCGACCGCGCCGUAGCCGACCGGAUCCAGACGUUGCGCACAACUGUCACGGUGGGUGCACCGUGGGCCGUUGGGCUCGAGGACCGUGAGGCCCUGGGCAACGACCUGGCCGGCAUGGCCGAUGCUUACCAUGACGGCUGGUCGAGCGGGAGUGAUGCCGGCGAUGACGAGGAUUGA